AUGCUUUGCAGCGUGCCGAAGGAAAAUCGCAACCGCUACGCCACGACCGGCCUGGGGCUGACGAGCAGAGUGGUGGGCACUGAUCCCACCUUCAAGAGGCUUGACACCAACUGUGCUCGCAGGGCUUACGGUGCAAGCAAGCAGCGGGUGUUCUUGCUAGACUACGGAGGAACCCUCGUCAAAGACUCUCCAAUCGCACAACCGAAGGCGAUGGAUGCAAAGGCAGACUUUGGCAGGAGAAAGUCUAAGGCUGCCGGGUUGCGUCCCGGCAGGGCGCUCCAGGAGGGGCUUGCUGAGCUGUGCCGGGAUCCGUGCAACAUCGUGUUCGUCAUCAGCGGGCGCGGGAAGGAUGAGCUGCAGGCGGCUUUCGGCCACAUCAAGGGACUUGGACUGGCCGCGGAGCACGGGUCAUUCUACCGCUGGCCUUCGAACGACAGGGAGUCCGGUGGUGUGGGCGUCGGUGGGGACGGAUGGGAGGCUCUGCAUCCGGGCCUGAUGGACACGGCGUGGAAGUCGGUGGCGAGGCGCUUCAUGCAAAACUUCCAGGCGACGCCACAUCAUUCAUCCUUCGGUAGCACUUUCCCCCCUUCGCUGGUUCAAUUCCCCGUUCAAACCGAAGACAUGUUCACGGAGGGCGAAGCCACAUCGCCGGUUCGGAGGUCCUAUAAUUCGACCAAUCAGAUUGUCACGUUUGUAAUCGUGUCGGGCAAUCAGGUCCACACCCACGGGUCGUACAUCGAGGAGAAGGGCACCGCGAUGCUGUGGCAUUACGGGGACGCAGAACCUGAAUUCGGAGCCAUGCAGGCAAGAGCGUUUUUUUUUUUUCUUCUCGUGCAGGUGUUUUGGUCUACAGCAGUCUGA